UUUUUCAAGUGAAAAGCUGGUGGAGACGGGCAAUGACAGAUCUGGCGUACACGUCGUGGAGCCAGUUGUGCCCGUGAACCCGUUAGCCGUGGCCUCCUCUUCCUCCUGCCCGACCCUGCCACGCUUUCAUCAACUGUCAAAUCGCAAUUAGUCGCCGCCGGCGUGCCCCCUCGCCCGUCUCGCGCCAUCGCAGCCGCCGCCCCGCAGAUCCCACGGUCGCCAUCACCCCUGUCCGCCGCCGCAUGGUCGCAGCCCAAAUCUGAAGCAGCAGCAGCCAUGUCCACCGGCACCGCCACGCCGGGCCUGGUCGUCACCGCGACCGACCCCAUCCGCUCCUUCCUCUCCUCCGCCGCCGCGUCCCCCGACCUAGCCGCCGACCUCCGGGACCUCGCCUCCGCCCUCUCCUCGGCGCCGGCCGUCCCCUACCGCUCCAUCCGCGCCAUCUGGUGCGCCGACUCCUCCCCUGGCCGCCCGCCUCUCAGACAGCUCCUGCAGGGCGCCCAGUUCGUGCUGUCCAGCCCCAAGCCCCGCGAGAAGAGCGAUGAGCUCAAGGCGAGGCUGGAGAAGCUCCGGGAGAUGCAGGAGAGGAGGGAGUACGCGGAGCUCGUCAAGGACGUCGCGCCCAAGGAGGACACCACCGAACCCUUCUCCUCCUACAAGGAUCAGCUUGGAUUCGGUCUACAUGUUGUAGUUAUAAUGUUCACUGGUUAUUUGGUCGGAAUGGCAGCUUUCAGAGCUCUGUUCAGCAACAGUCCUGUAAUGAAUGCUGCUGGAGGCAUCUUAGGAGUGGUGGGUGGCAUGCUGAUGGAAACAGUUCUUUUCAUCAUCAGAUCAUCCAGUAAAGAGUUGUCUCCGGUUCCAAGAUCAUCCAGUAAAGACUUGUCGUCUCCGGUUCCAAGAUCUAAGAAACUUCAGUAGACACUGUGAUGCGUUUUGAUCUUUCAUAUGCGGUGAGGAUGAUGUUGGGAUCUUUGUGUUACGAAGUAUAGCAUGUUAAGUUUUGGAUCGUUCAGAUGUAUGUAAUUUAUUCAAGGAAAAAUACAGUUCAUCUUGUUCAACCAAGAGUACUAAAUGGGAGAUUCUAUUUGCAAAGCUUGUAGUUACUUACGAUGGUUAAUGUCUUCAUGUUCAAUCAGCCUA